UCGCCGGCAUUUCAGCAUCAGUUAACGACUCACCGUGCAGCCCAACUCAAAUUUGUCGGCGCUCUUUCAACGUCGAAUAAAUUCCGACGGCCACUGAAGGCAGCAUUGUGCUGCACAGGAGGCUGUCUGCUAACUGAGCAGAGUUACGGCAAGCAUGGCUGCUCUUUUCACGGCAAGGAAAGCUCUCAGCUUGUGUCUGAGGGGGUGUCGAGGUGUGUCCCAGCUGGCCGAGCUGCCAGAGACUCAUCAGAUCCUCAGACAGACGUGCAGAGACUUUGCUGACCGAGAGUUGACCCCCAUCGCCGCCAGGCUGGACAAACAGCAGUCCUACCCGGCCGAACAGAUUUUGGAGCUGGGGGCCAUGGGGGUGAUGGCCAUGGAGGUCCCUGAGGAGCUGGGUGGAGCCGGGAUGGACUACCUGGCCUACAGCGUCGCCGUGGAGGAGAUCAGCCGAGGCUGUGCUAGCACUGGAGUGGUGGUUUCUGUCAAUAACUCUCUCUACCUUGGACCCAUCCUCAAGUUUGGUACUGAAGAACAGAAACACAAGUGGGUCACACCUUUCACCAGCGGAGAGAAGGUGGGCUGUUUCUCUCUGAGUGAACCAGGGAAUGGCAGUGAUGCAGGCGCCGCCUCCACCGUGGCCCAUCAGGACGGAGACGAGUGGGUCCUGAACGGGACCAAAGCGUGGAUCACCAACUGCUGGGACGCCUCGGCCACCGUCCUCUUCGCCACCACCGACAGGAAGCUCAAACACAAGGGCAUUAGUGCCUUCCUGGUCCCCAUGCCCCACCCGGGCCUCUCGCUGGGGAAGAAGGAGGACAAGCUCGGCAUCAAGGCCUCGUCCACCGCCAACAUCAUCCUGGAGGACUGCAGGAUACCGCUAGGCAACAUGCUGGGUCCUCGUGGUGCCGGGUUCAAAAUCGCCAUGCAAACACUGGACAGCGGACGCAUCGGCAUUGCCGCUCAGGCGCUCGGCAUCGCUCAGGCGUCGCUCGACUGUGCCGCCGACUACGCACACAAACGCUGCGCCUUCGGCGCGCCCAUCGGAAAGCUACAAGCCAUCCAGUUCAAGAUGGCCGACAUGGCGGUGGCCAUCGAGAGCGCCCGCCUGCUCACGUGGAAGGCUUCCCUCCUUCGUGACGCCAAGAGACCCUUCACCAAGGAAGCCGCCAUGGCCAAGCUCGCCGCCUCCGAGGCCGCCACAUUCUGCUCUCACCAGGCCAUCCAGGUUCUGGGGGGGAUGGGUUACGUGACGGACAUGCCCGCUGAGCGCCACUAUCGCGAUGCUCGCAUCACGGAGAUCUACGAGGGGACCAGCGAGAUCCAAAGGCUGGUCAUAGCAGGUCAGGUGCUCAAGGAGUACCAAGUGUAGGCGGCGCCUACCGCCACCUCCCCCCGUGCCCCCAUCCCUGCAGCAGGAGAGGCUGUCUUGCACCUCGUUACAGUAAACUGACGCUGGGCUGGACCCCAACAGGAAGUGACACGCCGUCAGCAGACACCACGGCAGCUGUGAGUCCACUCGCUGCCCCCCCCCCCCCCCCCCACGCCCCCCACCUCAGACUUCACUGCUGAAAUAAUUCAGUAAAAUUUGUUUAAAUCAAAAGCAUGUUCAAUGUCCUGCCAGCAGAGGGCAACCUUGGAUGUCACAUGACCAGUUUCGCCGUGUGUGUGUGUGUGUGCGCACGCGCAUAUUUGAAUGUUUCACACACUUUUACUAUCAAUGAGGUCAUCAGCGUCCACGCCUCGUUUACCCCCAAGGGAGGGGGCGGGUCCAGAUGGACUUCCUGAUUGCACUGAUGAAGGACGUGGUUUGAAUAAUUGGACGUCUCGUCAACAAACAAGGUUUAUUUAAUGAGCUCAUAAAGUACAAAAACAUCAAAGAACGUGACUAUGUUUGAAGCGCACACUCAUUUGCAUAUUCACAGGAGACAGACUUUCAUACGGUCACUUCAUUAGGCACACCUGCAGCUGGCACUAAGCUGUGUACCUAAUCAUGUGUCCGUACGAUGAGUAUGACUAUUAAAGAGUUGAAUGUUGAGAAAUACCCGGAUGCCAGUUGUGGUUCUGUCCCUGUUCUCCUGCAGUGUUGGUUCACACGUAGAGCUUCUUGUCCCCGUUGGUGUAAUCAUCGGCGUAGGAGCUCCUUGCCGCGCGUCCGAAUGAGCAGCAGAGGAGGCCACCCCCCAGCAGGAGGAGCGCGGCGGCGGCCCAGCCGAUGUAGAGGGCGGCCCCGAUCUCCCUCUUCUUGGAGGGGGGCACCUUGGGGUCGUGGAAGUCUGCAAUGAUGUUGCCUGACAUCCAGCAAAGCGGAACCAGAACCAGCACGCCGCUGAGGACGUAGAUGAGGCCGCCGGCGUACACGGCACGGGCCUUGAGCGCCUCCUGGCGGAUGCAGUUGGUGCACUGAGCCCCUGCUAAUGUCACAGCCAGCCCCAGCACGCCCAGCACGACGGAGACCACCGUCAGGGCACGCGCCGUCUGCAAGUCACGCGCCAGGCUGAGCACGGAGUCGUGCACCUUGCACUGCAUCUGACCCGUGGACUGGACCACACAUGACAUCCACAAACCGUCCCACACGGUCUGAGCCACCACGAUGUUGGAGUCCAGGAAGGCCGUCACCCUCCACGUGGGCAGCACGCACGCCACCAUCACCAGCACUGAGCCCCACGUGCACAGGCCCAAGCCCAGCGGCUCCAGGAUAGCCGCCAGCAUCAUCGCCGCCCCCGCUAGUAUGGCUGCUGUGGUCGGAUGUUUCUCUGCAGGACGCUGCGGAGGCUCCUGUGUGUGUGCGUCGCCUGCGUGCACACUGCUUUUAAAGACCCGCGCCCUCCCCUCCGGAAAGCCUCCUAGCAAACUUUGGGCUAAUCAGACUGAAGUAUCUUUUUGUCUUGGCCAAUCAGGAGACACUCGGAGGUCAGUCCAGUCGGUCUUUCCUGGAAAAUGCGCACAAUUUUAUUCAUAAUUUCAUAACUUAAACAAUUUAAAGUAAAUACUUUGGUGCUGCUGAUGUCACAGGGAGGUGGGGCUUUGACAGGAAGUGUCAGCUUCCUGCCAGUCCAGCUGAAGAAACAGUCCUGCUCAGCGGCCCCCCCCAAACCAACGCGGAGCUUUUGUUUCUCCAUCACACAAUGUAACACAGCAACGCUGAUGUUUAACACAACGUCACCACUUCUAGAACCUUCUCCAAGGCCCCGUGCGUCUGUUGUCUGCUCAAAAGGGUGCGCUUCCUGCUGACACAAGGACGACGACAGGGACCCCCUCCAUUGUGUUACUGAUGUAUUGUUGCAGCAGCAUGACAAUAAACGCGCCAUCUACCUUCACAUCAGUCUACAAAUCGGCAGCGAGCACAUGUGGCGGCCAUUGUGUGCCUUCCUCAACGCACACACACGGCUCCGUGCGUCUAUUCCAGAAUGUUCCUUAAAAUUAAAUAAAAGUAUGUUGACAUGAAAAGACAGAACGUUUACAUUCAACGGACAUGUGACCUGUUAACCAGCAGCUAGCAGGACGUUAGGUCGUAUUUCAAACUGAAGAAAAAGACGCUUAAAGAUACAAAUAAACAUAUGAUGUAGCCUAGCAUGCUAAAGAACAGGUUCACGUGAAUUGCUAAUGUUACUUUAUGUGUGUGCUCCCCGUUGAUGAUAACAUGAUUGCUGUGCGGGAAGGCGCACUACUCUCAGUACAGUAUUGUCUUUGUUCCCCCUGGGUGGUGACCAAUCAGGUGUUUGUGUGACGUCACCACAGCUCGGGAAGAAACAGGAAGUUGUAGUAUUUUACUAAUGACUGAUAUUUUACUUUUCUUUUAGGUUUGAUUUGAAAUUAUUUCAUGGAAAUUUACUGGUCUUUAUUUCUCGUGUGUAUUAGAGUGUCUUGCACGCACGCACUCAGACAGCGUCUACUACGUGGCGACGCCCCCUUCUGGUGUUAGUGAGAAGUGCACCCCAACACAAAGACUUUUAGUCGACAGAAAACGGCGCGAACAUCAUGGACGCUUCUGUGUGAUUCCGGCACGUGCCUCUCGGAUUUAUUCACCGGUACUGACCCCCCCCCGGGACGCACGCACACACACGUCUUCCAGGAGUUUUCGUACAGGAUGGCGGCAAACAGCAGGUGCACGAGGAGCCACGCGCAGCGCACAGGUGAGACCCUCCCCCGCCUACACGGUUGACCCCCUCUGAUGCUUCUCUUGUUUUUCCUGCUGCUGACGUCACUACAUGUUCUGGAAUGUACCGCUAAAAGACACUGAGG